GUGUGCUCUAAUUUGGUUUACCAAGAUAUCGAUUUUCUUGCUCAAAUUCUACCGGAUGCCCAAACCCAUUUUCUAGAUGCACCAAUCUUUGUCUGAUUUUUGUGAUAGCCUACAAAUCUUUAAUUUACCAUAGCCUACAAAUCUGCUUAUGAUUUUCGAUUUGUUUAUAGUUAAUACCGUAGAGAAAUGGUGAAGCUGCGAUUCAUCGAUCUCAUACAUUUCGACACAGAGAGUGUUGAAUUUUAAAUAAACAAACUGCAUUUUUAUUUCCCAUUUUCACUGUUUUGUACCCUAACUCUUCCUAACUUCCAUUUCGCGUCUGUUGCCCGCCCACUGCCGUCGAUUGUUGCCGCCCUUUUGUCCGCCAUUAUCAGUCUCUCUCUAUCUCUAAUCUCUAUCUCUAUUUCUAUCUCUCUUUAUAUGCAGUGUCGCAUCUGUUGUUGAUGUCGCCGGUCGCCGAAAUUGAAGCUCUAGGUCGCCUCGGAAGCCCUCGUUGUCAAGCCCUAACAACUCGGAGCCAUUGCUCUUCGCCGACCGUUUUUACCCACUUGUCUCCAAAUUGUUUUAUGUGCUUACAAAAAAGAUAUAGAUAUUAUGCAAACUAUGAGCAAGGAGGAAUACUUGGCCUCUCUAAGAAGGAGAAGCAGUGGCUUCUUGAGAGUAUGGGUGCACACUCAAGGUAGACGAGAAGAGCGACAUCUACAGCUAUGGAGUAGUUCUGAUGGACAUUGUGACGGGGAAGAAGCCAUUAGAGGCGGAGUUUGGAGAAUGCGUGGACAUCGUAGAGUGGAUUCGAGGGAAGGUGAGGAAUGAGAGAGGUUUGGAAGAAGUUGUAGAUCCUAGUAUAGGCAACACCAAACAUGUGAUUGAAGAGAUGUUGUUGGUUAUGAGAUUUGCUCUUCUUUGCACUGCAAAGCUGCCCAAGGAUCGCCCCUCCAUGAGAGAUGUCAUCUCCAUGCUUGCAGAGGCCAAGCCGCAAAUUACAAGCAUUAUUUGUUGAGAAUGGGGAAAUUGAGAGGUCUUAAUUGGGAUAGGGUAGUGCAUCAGCACUAAGGCUGGAGGCUUAUCUCGUGUAUCUGGUUACAUGCUGGUCUAAUACAUUUGCUUGUGAAUAUGUUGAGUCUUGUCUUCAUUGGUAUACGCCUUGAGCAGAAUUUUGGAUUUGUACGCAUUGGCAUAAUGUAUCUGAUAUCUGGAUUUGGUGGGAGCUUACUAUCUGUGUUGUUCAUACGGAACAGUAUCUCUAUCGGUGCAUCUGGUGCACUUUUUGGGCUUCUCGGAGCAAUGCUUUCAAAGUUGAUCACAAACAGGUCGAUAUAUACAAACAAGGUUGCUGCACUAUUGACGCUCAUAGUGAUAGUCAUGAUCAAUUUAGGCGUUGGGAUUCUUCCUCAUGUGGAUAACUUUGCUCAUAUUGGUGGUUUACUUACCGGCAUUUUACUUGGCUUUAUUCUCCUCCCUUGUCCUCAAUUUGCGUGGUUAGCGCGCCACAAUCCAGCAGCUGGGAUUCGUGGUGUGACGCAGGGUGAAAUAGUAAAUUCAUAUUUAUUUAUUAUUAUUAUUAUUUUAAUUAGGGGGCUAUACUGAGUAAAACGGGGGCUACGAAUAGAAUUACCCGUCCAUCAAUUCAUGUCAUACUCUUCUUUCCAUCAAUUUAUGCCAUACUCUUCUUUUU